AUGUGUCCAAGGUGCAUUGACGAUGCCCAAGAGGUUGAUUUCAUCCGUAAGACUGCCGUAAUUGACAGAGAGCUCCAUCGUUUGAAUGUUGACAUCGCGGGACUGCAGGAGACGUGGCUUCCAGAUGCGGGCUCUAUCAGGGAGGAUAAUUACACAUUCUUCUGGCAGGGGAGGUCUCAAGACGAGCCAAGACUUCAUGGCGUAGGAUUUGCUGUUAAAAACGCCCUCCUGGACUGUACUGUGCCACCAUCCGGUGGAACAGAGCGAAUUAUUGAUUUGAAAAUAUGCUCUUCAAGUGGCACUGUCAACAUCCUAAAUGUGUACGCUCCUACCUUAUCAUCCAGCAUGGAAGAGAAGGAUCUGUUUUAUGAUUUACUCAGUGACAGAAUAGCCAAGGUACCUAGCACCGAGACACUGUAUAUUCUAGGGGACUUUAAUGCUAGAGUUGGAUCAGAUAACGACAUAUGGCCGAAUUGCCUGGGACAUCAUGGGGUGGGAAAAAUGAAUGAAAACGGCCAGAGACUGCUUGAAGUUUGCUGCUUUUAUGGACUCUGUAUCACAAACACAUAUUUCCAGCUUAAGGAUCAGCACAAGGUGUCUUGGAGACACCCGCGCUCUCAUCACUGGCAUCAACUUGACUUAGUCAUAGCUAGGCGUACUGGUCUCAAAAAUGUGCUACUGACACGAAGUUAUCAUAGUGCUGAUUGCAACACAGACCACGCCCUAGUGGCGUGCACAUUGAGGCUCACUCCUAAGAAAUGUCACCACGCUAAACCGAGAGGUCAUCCCCGUAUCAACACAGAUCAUGUUCAUGACACACAACGAAAGCAGGAUUUUGCCAGUAAUUUUGAAAGUGCUUUCCCAGGAAACGUGCAAGCAGAAAGGAAUGUUGAUAAAAAAUGGGCAAAACUCUCGGGUGCAAUCUACAACUCAGCAGUAUUGGCCUAUGGAAUAAAAGGAAAAAGAAAUAAGGACUGGUACGAGCAAAAUUUGGAAGAAAUGGAACCAGUUACUGAGGCUAAACGGAAAGCCCUGCUUGCUUACAAAAGAAACCCAAAUGAAAGAACUCGAGAUGACCUACGAAAAGCAAAGAACAGGGCACAGCAAACAUCAAGGAGAUGCGCAAAUAACUACUGGCUGAAUUUAUGUGCAGGUAUACAGAAAGCGGCCGACUCUGGGAAUGCUAAGGCAAUGUACGAUGGUAUUAAGAAAGCAAUUGGACCAACUGUCAGGAAAACAGCUCCUCUGAAGUCCAAGACGGGUGAAGUCAUUACUGAUGAAGGCAAGCAAAUGGAACGCUGGGUUGAACACUACCUCGAGUUGUAUGCAGUCGAGAAUGAAGUUAGCAAGGAUGCAUGUGACGCCAUCAAACAAAUGCCAGUUAUGGAAGAACUAGAUGCAAUGCCUACUAUGGAAGAACUUAGUAGAGAAAUAGAUUCUCUUGCUAACGGAAAGGCCCCAGGUGAAGAUGGGAUCCCUGCAGAGGUUAUUAAGUAUAACAAGUCUGUUCUUCUCAAACAUUUAUAUUCACUUAUCACAACCAGCUGGGAAGAAGGUUAUGUCCCGAUGAAAGCCUAUGAAAAUUGGUUGGCAUUAAGCUUGGACAUGCUGCAAGGGUGUGAUGGAGCAGGCAAGGUUUUAGACCUGCGGUCGUACAUACCGGUGGAGCCUCUGUAG